AUGAGACCUUUCAAUGCAGGGUCUCGAAGAAAACAGCGGGUAAGAUUUGUUCUGCAGCAAGCAGGCAAGGCAAGGCAGGCAGGCAAGCGAAACCCAAGCAUAAACCAAAGCCAAGCACAACACGCCCGCCGUCUAUCAAAUCCAACUUCCCCCAUAACCAAGAAAAACCACCAAAAAAAACACUCGACAAGCAUCCCAACAACGACCCUGUGGCCCCUCGCAGCUUCUAGGCUACCAUACUUCGAACCACCAAGUGGAAUCUGUCCAGCGAAACCCAUCGCGACGCAGCAAAACCCCAUCAUCCACCCAUCCUAUCCCACCCCUCAAAGGGGUCACGAAGCCCAAAAAACUGGGUGUCGUAAACCCCUCCAUCACGGGCCCGUACCUUAUGGGGAGGAAGUGAGGGGACUGGUGACUACGAACCGACCCCAAAGCGCUUAA